CCCACUGCCCGCCCUUCCAAUUAGAGGCACCUCUCCAGAAGUGAGCACUGGUUUUGGUCAGGUUUGAACUCGAGUCCAGGCUCCUUUUCGUUGAAGUUUCUCUUGCAAUCGGGGCCUCCGCGAAUGCAUGGUCCGGCCCCAGGGCACUACCGGUCGACAGCCAAUAGGCAGAGAAGGGCAAAGGCGAGGGGCCGACUUUACGAUGACGAAGGCGUACGGGGAGCCUAGAACGAAUCGUUCACAGCUGCGACCCCACGCUCCAACCGCUUCCGGGACCAGACCCGCCCCUCGAACGAGCGUUCCGUAUUUCCCAGUCUCUAUGGUACCAACUUCCGCCAUCUCGCGAGACUCCGGCGGCUCAGCAAUGGCGAGACCGUGAGUGCCGCUGACGGGAGCCCGGAGAAAGGGCUGGGAAGGGGCUCGGGCAGUGGGAGACUCGGCAAGACAGGGCCGCCUGAACCGGAGCGGCGGCUGGGGGCUCGAGGCCCCUACGGGCCGGACAGCCGCCCGCGACCAAGCUCCCGCCUCUUCCCCAGAUGCCGCGUCACUGCUCCGCCGCCGGCUGCUGCACUCGGGAUACCCGCGAGACGCGCAAUCGCGGCAUCUCCUUCCACAGACUUCCCAAAAAGGACAACCCAAGGCGAGGCUUGUGGCUGGCCAAUUGCCAGAGGCUGGACCCCAGCGGCCAGGGCCUAUGGGACCCAGCAUCCGAGUACAUCUACUUCUGCUCCAAACACUUCGAGGAGAACUGCUUUGAGCUGGUGGGAAUCAGCUGCUCUGAGGGCCGAGGACCCACAACUCCUUUUUCUCCACCUCCACCUGCUGAGGUCACCUGCUUUCCUGUGGAAGAGGCCUCGGCACCUGCUGCUUUGCCAGCCUCCCCUACUGGGAGACUGGAGCCUGGCCUCAGCAGUCCCUUCUCAGACCUCCUGGGGCCUCUGGGUGCCCAAGCAGAUGAAGCAGGCUGCAGCGCCCAGCCCUCACCGGAGCGGGAGCCAGAGCGGCAGCCGUCCCCUCUUGAGCCGCGGCCUGUCUCACCCUCAGCCUACAUGCUGCGCCUCCCACCACCCGCUGGAGCCUACAUCCAGAAUGAGCACAGCUACCAGGUGGGCAGUGCCCUGCUCUGGAAGCGGAGGGCUGAGGCUGCACUCGAUGCCCUGGACAAGGCCCAGCGCCAGCUGCAGGCCUGCAAGCGACGGGAGCAGCGACUGCGGCUUCGGCUAACCAAACUACAGCAGGAGAGGGCACGGGAGAAGCGGGCACAGGCAGAUGCCCGCCAGACUCUGAAGGAACAUGUGCAGGACUUUGCCAUGCAGCUGAGCAGCAGCAUGACCUGAGUGAGGGGCCACUGGACCCACAGCUGACGGGGGGCUGCCUGUCAGGGCUCCAGCCACUUCCUGAGAAUUCACCUGGAAAGGGACCUGCUUUGAGCUACAUCCACCAGACCUACCAGAUGCCAUAAUAAAGUGGGUUCUAGGAG